AUGGCCCAGUUAGACGAUGAAAUGAAAUUGAUUUUGGAAAGAACUGAUACUACACAAGAGGAGAAAGCGAAGCUUUACAGUCAAACCUUGGAGAACUACCUACAUUUCAAGACAAAACGGACCGAUGAAAGAGCUGAACCUAUUCCGGUUAAGCUUUCAGAAGUGCCUAAGAAAGCGGUAGUCGUUAAUUCAACGGACUCAAUUAACAAUGCUGUUAACGACAAAGACAAAAUGACUGUGGGCGAAAUUGUUGAAGUUUUACCGAAAACAUUACAACCUAAAGCAAAAAUGAUUUUGCGACGAAUUCGGGAUAAUCCUGGUGUUUUAAGCUGGACCGAUCGUGGCGAACUGAAAUAUAACGGAGAGACUUUGGCAAAUACAAAUAUUACUAAUCUUGUAGGCGAUUCGCUUAAAUAUCGUAAAAAUAAUAAGCCUAAGGGAUAUGAAAUUUUCCCAAAAGGAUUGAGUGAAAUUAAUCUUCCUGAAGAUUUAAUACGCAACCCUGAACGACUCCAACUUUUCAAAACUCAUGUAUACGAAAAAACACCGGACAAGGAGAAAGACUCACCCGAAAAAGAAGAAUAUACGCCGGUCAAAAGAAGGGCUAGAAAAUUACAGUGGAAGACUAACUUUUAA